GAGUGCCCCAGGCUGUUCAACCACGGUCCUUCUUCCUGAUCGUACACCUGUAGCAGAUUUCACCUUUCCGGUUGGACGAUGACCCUGGGCAAACCUGGUCACCUGGCUGGAAAAAGCUUGUGCUUGGCGACAGCUGUUCCUUGUCUUUUAGAUUACAUGUUCACAGAGGAGAAAUUCGGCCAAGCAGAGAAGACUGAGCUUGAUGCUCACUUUGAAAACCUCCUGGCGCGGGCAGACAGCACCAAGAACUGGACAGAGCGGAUCCUGAGGCAGACCGAGGUGCUGCUGCAACCCAACCCCAGUGCUCGAGUGGAGGAGUUCCUGUAUGAGAAGCUGGACAGAAAGGUGCCCUCGAGGGUCACUAAUGGGGAGCUGCUGGCUCAGUACAUGGCAGAAGCAGCCAGCGAGCUGGGGCCCAGCACCCCCUAUGGGAAAACACUAAUGAAGGUGUCCGAAGCUGAAAAGCGUCUGGGAGCAGCGGAACGGGACUUCAUCCACACCGCCUCCCUCAGCUUCCUCACUCCCCUGCGCAACUUCCUGGAAGGGGACUGGAAAACAAUCUCGAAGGAGAGGCGGCUCCUGCAGAAUCGGCGCCUUGACCUGGACGCCUGCAAAGCACGGCUGAAGAAGGCCAAGGCAGCAGAAGCCAAAGCCACGUGUGAGGGAGAUACGGUGCCUGACUUUCAGGAGACUAGACCUCGUAAUUACAUUCUCUCGGCCAGCGCCUCUGCGACUCUGGAUGACACUUCCCGCUCCCUUCCCUGGGCCGAGUUGAAGGAGAAACAUCCCGGAGGGUGGAGGCUGCCCUGUUUUUUUCUUUUGCCACUGGCCCCCAGUGUGACUCUGGCCCGAGGCUGCCUUUCUCUGCCGGAGGACAGAAAGCUUUGGAACGAUGAAGUAGACAAGGCUGAGCAAGAGCUUCGAGUGGCCCAGACAGAGUUUGACCGGCAGGCAGAAGUGACUCGUCUUCUGCUGGAGGGGAUCAGCAGCACUCAUGUGAACCACCUACGCUGCCUCCAUGAAUUCGUUAAGUCUCAGACAACCUACUAUGCACAAUGUUACCGCCACAUGCUGGAUCUGCAGAAACAACUAGGCAGCUCCCAGGGCACUAUAUUUCCAGGCACCUUUGUGGGCACUACAGAACCUGCCUCUCCACCCCUGAGCAGCACCUCACCCACCACCACUGCAGCUACCAUGCCUGUGGUACCCACUGGGGCUGGUUUGAUCCCUCCAGAAGAGGCAGCACUCUGUCUAGAGGAGGUGGCUCCCCCAGCCAGUGGGACCCGCAAGGCGCGGGUGCUCUACGACUACGAGGCAGCUGACAGCAGUGAGCUGGCCCUGUUGGCUGAUGAGCUCAUCACUGUCUACAGCCUGCCUGGCAUGGACCCUGACUGGCUCAUUGGUGAGAGAGGCAACAAGAAGGGCAAGGUCCCUGUCACCUACUUGGAACUUCUCAGCUAAGCAGCCCCCUUCAAGGCCCUGCCACUACCUUGUCUGCUGGAGACAUAUCUUUCUAGGAUAGGGGAGCUAACCCUAUUCUGGCUGUGGCUCUGUCACUCAGCUAUGAAGGACCUACACAACAGAAUGGCUCCAGGCCCCUCUGCUAUCCCUGCUUCUGACCUGCAUCCCUGCAUACUCCGGGUUUCCCAGCUCCCUUAAGGCAGGAGGGAUACUACAUUUGGUACUACAAUAUGCUGGGGAUGCUCUUGGCAUGAAAAGAAUAUCUAUCUGCCUUCUAGCUGUGGAAGGUUGAGGGGGAGAGCAGUUAACAGGGCUAACGGUCAGGGACUGGACAGUCUGGCAGGGGACCAGAAGGGAUGGUCAGAGCAGCAGCACCAGGUGCUGCCCCUCCCUCCUUCCGUCGCAGCUCUGGCUGAGUGCAGUGGCUGCAGCCAUCACUCACGCAGUUUCUAACUGGCAUUCUUUCUUCUGCCUGUCUUGCUUGCUCUCUGGCAAAUAAACUGUUUGUGUGCA